GAGCGCGCACACGCAGCCACGCACUCGCAGGAACACAAACGCACGAUCUGUGUAUGCGCGCACAGACAGUGUGUUGUUGCAGUGUCACGCAGGACCUCAGCUCGAGCUCGACCUUGAUCUGGCAGACUUUGAACCCCUCAUCAUCAUCCUCAUUCUCGUGUUCAUCCUCAUCGGCGCGAGCUCCAGUUAAACGCGCGUGAAGCUCGACUGGCACUUCCUGGGGUGUACAGGACUGAGCUGAGACAUGAUGGACGCCCAAUCACAAGGUCAACAGCCUCCAAUGACAGUAUUACAGCCACAGAAAAUCCAACAGGAUGUGGGCUAUAAUAAUUUAGCCAAUUUCGCCAUUGGAAAAAAGAUUGGAAGAGGACAGUUCAGCGAGGUUUAUCGUGCCACAUAUAUACAAGAUCAUACUCCAGUAGCUCUGAAGAAAGUACAGAUAUUCGACUUGAUGGAUGCCAAAGCUCGGCAAGAUUGCAUCAAAGAAAUAGAUCUCCUGAAGCAAUUGAACCACCCCAAUGUAAUUAAAUACCACGCGUCAUUCAUCGAAGAAAACGAGCUAAAUAUAGUACUGGAACUCGCAGACGCCGGGGACCUCUCACAAAUGAUAAAGCAUUUCAAGAAACAAAGACGGCUGAUUCCAGAGAAGACGGUGUGGAAGUACUUUGUUCAGCUGUGUAGUGCACUGGAGCACAUGCACUCUCGCCGUGUCAUGCACAGAGAUAUUAAGCCGGCGAACGUCUUCAUCACAGCCACUGGAGUGGUGAAACUGGGCGACCUGGGCUUGGGACGUUUCUUCAGUUCCAAAACCACUGCUGCUCAUUCCCUAGUGGGCACCCCAUAUUACAUGUCUCCCGAGCGGAUACACGAAAACGGAUAUAACUUCAAAUCUGACAUCUGGUCGCUAGGCUGCCUGCUCUAUGAGAUGGCUGCCUUGCAGAGUCCGUUCUACGGGGACAAAAUGAACCUGUACUCGCUGUGUAAAAAGAUUGAGCAGUGUGACUACCCUCCACUACCAUCUGACCAUUACUCUGAAGAGCUGCGAAAACUGGUAGAUAUGUGCAUCAACCCCGACCCAGAGAAAAGGCCAGACAUCACCUACGUAUACGGCAUCGCCAAGCACAUGCACGCCCUGACCAUCGCAAACUGAGUCUGCCACCCACUUCUUCUUGCUCCUAAUUCCGAAGGCAUUCAUCCGGCCCAGCCCUUCCCACAAUUGUCAUUUCAUAUGCUUGUUUCGCUCCAACAUAACGCAAGUUGACUUUAAAGUACGAGCGAGGCAUCGUAUACAUCACAAUAUUGUAAAUACAGCACAAGGCCCUUGAUUUAUUAUUAACAGAGGUAUUUCGACAGUAGAUGUAAAUGAAAUGCAUGAGAUGACCAAGAAGAAUGGGGAAAAUCAGCAGUGUUGUAAAAUUUCAUUUUUAAGAUGUUGGUACAAUGCAAAGAUUGCGGUAUGCAUAUAUAGAUAGAUAUACCUCCUGUUUUUAACUUCUAUCACCACAUUAGCACACAAUUAAAUCAGAUGUUUUUAUCACCCCACCAUUCCCCUUUGUAAAACUAUAUAAGACUAACUAUAUGGGCUAAAUAAGUAGUCCAUCUCUACUAAACCUAUUCAGCGGACUUCAGAUGUUCUGCUGGGUCGACUUGCAAAAUAUGCAUUUACUCAAAGUAUUCAAACUUGUUGGGAGAUACAUAGAUUGUGCAUUUAGUAGUUUUAAUGUUUAUCUUAUGCGGCUUUCACAUAGGACGCGGUGCGCGAGGGCGGUUUGUUGUUGCGUCGAGCAAAGCACGGGCGCAGCGAGCGCAGCGUGCGCAGCUUGCACUCACGCCGCGGUCAAAGUUCAAAAUAGUUUAACUUUUGCUCUGCGCUCUGUGACGAUUACCCGUGCAGCCAAUAGAAACGGGACGUCCAAAGAAAAUGGACGAAGAGCUUAUAAACGGGUCUGGCCAGCAGAGCACAAGCGGCACACCGCUUCCUAUGUGAAAGCCGCAUUACCCCCCACUGCCCCUCUCACACAUGUAUAUAUUUAUUGCAAUGCAUCCUGGGACUGUUUCCUUAAAAAACACCAAUGAAAUACAGACCUUUUUACUUCUCACUCCAUUGAUUUGUACUUUUUGUACAAAAUCUAUCAAAUAAGUGCACUAUAAAGAAUUGAUACUACCGUUUAUCACGACUAGUAAAAUAAUACAGUGCAUAUUCAAUACGGAUAUCAUCACAAUGCAUCCGGCGAAUUCUUCCCACGUCAGCACCUCGGUGGCUGCUACUUGAACUUCAAUAAAUGAUUAAUGCAAAGGUCUUGCAUACAAUGCAGUAACUUAUAAAUAUUCACAUAUCCUCCGUGCCUUCAGAUUUUCGAGAGUGCCUUGUUUUUCUGCACAAAAGGAAAGCCUUUCUUCUUGUAAACCAAAUAGUUUGAUUUUACGAAAUACGAAAGUGUUUCUCCAACUACAUAAUUCAAUGGGUUUACAAGUGUCGUCGCAAUACCUGUACGUUUACAAACAGUGAUCACAUGAACGCAAUGCAAUGUAUGUCUUCUUGGCCUUGUACAAUUCUGCUCUGUUCACUUUUUGAAAACAUUUUGACCUCUUCCAGACUGUAAUCUGUGUGCUCUUGUACGGCUUGUGAUCGUCGGCAGACUCGGUCUAAUAUAGGUUACACAAGCGUAUGAAGUUAUACUAUACAGACAGCAGCUAUUAUGCGGCACCUUUUGAUCAUGCAGUAUGAUUUGCUGUGAUGUACCAAAUAUAAAAUGGUAUUUGUUUUAAAACUUUAGUCGAGAGCAUUAGUGUUUACUUUUUUUUAUUGUAUUUUGCAAUAAUCACAUGCAUAACGUUUUGUUACCACGAUAACAGAUUAUGCUUGUUGCCGGAAAGACAAUAGUAUGUGAGAGUACUUAAGGAUCAUUUGUUUAAGUCGUGGCGAUGAAGAUCGUUCUGCGUGUGCCUCUAAUAUGGUUGUUUUGAGGAUUGUACGGCACACAAAUUGGACACUGACUGUCUACCAGACUAUUCGUUCUCUGCUUUCACCCGUAUCAUUUGGAUGGUGAAGGAAAGGCAACUUUUAUUUAUUUGUUUUUUUUUGACCGAUGUUUAACAUUCAAGAUGCACAUUCAUACUUUACAUGCUAAUUGAAAUGAAAAAAAUUAAAGAAAUACUAUGUUAA